AUGAAACGCCUCCAGCGAGAGCUGGAAGCUGCCGUCGGGUUGGGCCGGACCGUCGAGGAGGCCGAUCUGCCGAAGCUGAAUUAUAUGGACAUGGUGGUGAAGGAGAGCUUAAGGCUGUAUCCGCCGGGCCCGCUCCUGAUCCCACACGAGUCAACGGAGGGCAUCGAGAUGGGCGGAUAUUACCCGAAGGGGACUCGGGUCAUCGUGAAUGCGUGGGCCCUCGGGAGAGACGCCAACACUUGGGCCGAGGACCCGGAGGAGUUCCGCCCGGAGAGGUUCGCGAACAGCGGCGUGGACGUCAAGGGGCGGGACUUCCUGCUCAUACCGUUCGGGUCGGGCCGGAGGGGCUGCCCAGGGAUGCACUUGGGUCUGGUUAACGUGCGCCUCGUUUUGGCCCAAUUAGUGCACUGUUUUGACUGGGAGCUGCCCUCGGGGACGUCGCCGAGCGAGCUGGACAUGAGCGAGGACUUCGGGUUGUCGAUGCCGAGAGCGAAGCACUUGAUCCUAAGGCCCAGCUAUCGCCUGCUCGUUUGA